GUAUUGAGGAAAAGGCCAGUAACUGGUCUAGAUUUUGCAUCUUUAUGUCCUAGCCUUAUUAUAACAUAUAACCUCUUUCCAGAAAAAUUUAUAUUAAGUUCAAAGGAUGCCGAUAUUGCACGAAAAAUUGGGAAUACUCUACAUAAGAUUAAGGAUUUAUUUAACAAGAGAGUUGAGUUUAAAAUACGACUAGCUUUAUUAGGAAAGAAAAAAGAACAACUUGAGAAGUUGAUAAGUUCAGCUAAAGAGAGGGGCAAAAGGAUUCCAGAAAGGGAAGCAGGAAACUCAAAAUCUCCAAUCUUUCUUCGCGAAUUGGCUGAAAGAAUUACUUCAACAGGAAAAUACAACCUUAAUCUUGUUACAGAAUUCGUAAUAGAGAAAGGAUUUGGGAUAAAAUAUGGGAUACCGAUUCUUUAUAUCUAA